AUGAGGGAUGAGGGACUGGCAAUCAGGGAUCUGGCGCUGGAAAUGAGGCGGGUGGAUUUGUCAGAGGCAACGGCCAUCAGGGAUGAGGCGCUGGAAAUAAGGCCCCAGGCCCCCUUGCUGAGAAAUUUGCAGAGAAUGAUUCGGCGGGUGUUAGUCGAAGAAGAAAAGUCAAUAGAUGAAUUAGAGAAACAGAUUAAAGAGGUGGCAAGGCAAAAUACUUGGAACGAGGAAUGCAGUAAUUUAAUACGCAAGGCGGCUGCCCAGACCGUGGGGUGCGCGAAAGCAGACCCAUGGGUAGCACUUUGCAAGGCCACUGGAGACGCUAUCACGAUUGUGGAUCUUCAGGCAAAGUUUCGAGGGUUAUGGGAUUACACGUCUGAUAAGUGGCUUGAUCGGGACGUCCAAGUGAGGGAAAAGCUCUUAGAGGACAUUUGGAAAGAGGUUCAACAGAAGAAAAACGUAUUGCCCUCAGACCCACACGAACUGGACAACUUUAAAAACACCCUCCUUCAGCGGGUAAACAUGGCGGGGAAAAGGAGUUGGGCAUUGAUGAAAAAGAGCAAAAGGAGCAGGGCCAAGCAUCAAGCGAGGAAGCAGGGUGGGGGCGCGUCGGGCGGGGGGGCAAAGGCAGAGACAGAGAUGGGGGAGGCAGAGGCAGAGACAGAGAUGGGGGAGGCAGAGGCGGAGGCGGAGGCGGAGGUGGGGGAGAUGGGGGAUAAUUUUGGGAGAUGUUGA